AUGGGAAUCGAUUUUGGUGUUUGUAUUCAGAAUAUGAAAAAAAAACUUAUUUUGAAUGACCAACUACAUGGAUUUGACAAAGAACAAAAUGAACUCAUACAGAUUAUUAAAAAAACUACUGAUUUCGGAGAGAGUGACUCAAUGAUUAUACUUGGGCCUCGUGGAUGUGGAAAAUCAAUAUUAUUGGAAUCAGUUAUAAAAUCUCUUUCACCUGAAUCUCAUACACUUGUAUUAUUAAACGGUCUCAUUCAUACUGAUGAUAAUUUAGCACUUAAAAGUAUUAUACAACAACUCCAAAUGGAAAAUUUAGAUGGAACUUUUGCAGAAGGGUCGUAUGCUGAUAAUAUAAGUUUUUUAUUGGAGAGCUUUCGUGCGGGAAACAAAACAGCUUCAAAAUCAAUUAUUAUGGUAUUAGAUAGAUUUGAUAUGUUUUGUUCUCAUACUAAUCAAACAUUGUUGUAUAAUUUGUUUGAUUCUGUUCAAUCUCAACAAAGCCCAUUGUGUAUUAUUGGCUUAACAUCGCGUAUUGAUGUUAUUGAAUUACUUGAAAAACGAGUCAAAUCUAGGUUUUCUCAUAAUAUAAUGAUGUUGAAUCCUCCAUCAGAAAUUAGUCAAUUAUUAGAAAGAUUUAAACAUUCACUUAUAAUAAACAAACAUUGUAAAGUAAAGGCUGAUGUUUUGAAAAACUGGAACAAUAAUAUUGAAUUAUUAAUAUCAGAUGUAAGAAUACAAAAUUUGAUGAAGGAUCUAUUGAAAUCAAGCAAUAAUAGUACAAAAUUAAAUCUUCUCAUUUUUCAUGCACUUUCAAAUAUGUCAAAUGACUUAAUACUAACCGUUGAAAAUUUAACAAAUAAUUACACUACAUUGUUUAAAAAAGAUAUGAUUCUUGUACAUUUGUUAGGGCUAUCAGUUCUUGAACUUUGUUUAAUGAUUUCAAUUUGCCAUCACUCAGAAAUCUAUGAUCAAGAACCAUUUAAUUUUGAAAUGAUUUAUGAUCGUUAUUGUAAAUUUGCAUUACGAAAUUCAACAUUACUUGUAACAAAAAGACAAGUUAUCAUAAAAGCUUUUGAAAGAAUAUCAGUAAUGCAAUUGAUACUACCUGUAGCAGUUAUAGAGAAUAAAAAUGUAUUAAGAGAAUAUCGGCUAUACAAGUGUUCAAUCAAUCUGGACAAAGUGAAGACAGCUUCUAAUUUAUAUUUCAGACUACCUCCAGUCAUAUUACAAUGGAUAGAUAGUAAUAUAAUUUAA